AUGGCCACCAAAUUUCGCUUUUCAACUGGAGUAAUGACCGCAGAGGAGGCAAAGGAGUUCGGAUGGGAAACACCAAUUCCCAUUAACGCGUUCUGGGACGACAUCCAAUAUAGCGUUGCUCGCAGUUUUAUUGACGCUUUCACUGGUCCUGAGCUGGAUGCCCUGCCUCUCGAUACAAGUGGCUCUGUUAGUCUUCCACAGAAGCUCGAACUACUUCUUGGGAUUCUACGCGCAAGGCUGGAGAAGGAGGAAGCAGAGAGCCAAGCUGCUCACACAAAGUCGCUCUACGAAAGCGAUUACGACCGGUGGUAUGACCUGCAGUUGGCCAUGUAUGCCUACGAGGACGCGCUGAAUUUGUAUCAUGAGGCAGAGGAAAGGGUACGGAUGAUGGUGCAGACGCGUCCGGAAGGGCUGUCAAACGCUGGACCGUCGCACAUGCUGGCUGGGACUCUUGUCAGGGCGAAGAAGUAUGCUGAGGCUGAGGAGGUCGAGAAACCUGUUUGCGCUUGGAUGGACCAGCAUCCAAGAUUAGGCAAAGACUCCCCUCAAGCUAUAAACUCUCGACGUUUUAUUAUUCAAGCGAUCUGGUUCCAGGGAGCUGCAAGAAGGGCAGAGGCCGAAAGGUUGAUAGCGGAGUUGCAGGAGAUUGUGGAGGGGAUGGGUGCGGGGAAGUUUGCCAUUUAUCAGGAGGAGGAGAGGAAGCUUAAUGCGGAUCUUCUUGUUGAAUUAGUCUGA